ACUUUACAUAUUGCGAGUGCAGUCCGUUGGCGAAGUGUACUCAAAUAUUAAAUUUUGAUUUUAAAAAAGUGGCCGGUGAUAAAAGGACAUUGUAUAUACAGCUCCAUUAUGGAGCGAUUUAUCGUAAUAUUGAGCGUCCUGCUAGUGGCCGUUAACGCAGGACCGAUACAAUUGUCAGCAAAGAGUACAAGCAAAACAUGCCCAAGAUCAUGUACAGGAAGCAACAAGUUUAACUACAUUGAAGGACGGACAUAUAAUUACAAGUAUGACUCUGACAUCAAGACUCAGAUCCAGGGUGCAUCAGAGGACAUGGCUUCCUUGCACCUCUCUGCCAACGUUCAGAUGGAAGUUCUCUCGAAAUGUGAACUUUCUAUGAGGCUGAGUGACGUAACAUUGACCGAAUAUGAUCCAGAAGACAAAAAGAUGAAAGAAGCAUCCACAGAUUUCAAAGCUGGUCUUGAAAGAUUUCCAGUCCGUUUCUCAUUCCAGGACGGGGGUAUAGAUGACAUAUGUCUCUCUGGGGACGAACCAACAUGGGUUCUGAAUGCCAAACGUGGUAUCAUCUCCCUUUUCCAAAACAACAUGGAUGAUUUUGCAAGAAAUCACACUGUGUCAGAGACGGACGUAUCAGGAGUCUGUGACACAGAGUAUUCUGUCGGUAAACCAGGCUAUUACACCACCUCUGUCAGCAAGACCAAAAAUUUGCUUGGCUGUACUGACAGACAUGGUUACAACACCGCAAUCCAGGGAAUACCGUACACCGCACAAUCAGACAUUCAGUCACUGCCAUUGUUGAAGAGCGACCAUAACUGUGUCCAUGAAAUAGACAAGAAAUCGGGCGUAUUGAAGAGUGUCGAAUGCAAGGAACAGCACGUGUUCCGACCAUUCUCCAAGUCCGACAGCGGAGCUAUUGCGAUUAACACCCAAACUCUGACAUAUCGUGAUGAAACCACAGGAACCAUAUCACCAGCACCAAUUAAGACAAGAGUUUCUUUGAAGUUUGAUCAUGUACAUGAUGUAGCAGGAGAAAGCAAAAGUCGAAAAGAUAUUACUCGUAAACUCAUGGAAAUUUGUGAGAGGACAAAGGCUGGUGUUCGCCCCGAAACACCAAAACUCUUUACAGACCUUGUGUACAUGAUGAAAUCAGCAGACAUCGAAACAUUGUCAGACAUUAACAAAAUGCUGAUAGACAAAAAGCUGUGCAGUGACAAUUUGUUCCGCACUAGGAAGUUCUUUCUGGACGCCCUUCCGAUGACUGGUACCAGCGCUUCUCUGAACAUGAUCACAGAGUUGAUAACCAGCAACGAAAUAUCUGGUGUGGAAGCAGAUAUGUGGCUUACAACCCUGUCCUUCAUUAAGAACCCAACUAAAGACAUGCUGAAGGAGGUCAAACCACUGAUCAAUGCACCCGCCAUCUCUGAGAAAGCAAUGCUGUCGGUCGGGACGUUGGUACAUAGCUACUGUUUUCACCAUGGUGACUGCGAGAACGACAAUAUGGUCAAGGCCAUUGUGUCAGCAUUUGUUAACAAGAUGGCAAAAGGUUGCAAAGUUAGAGAUGAAAACGCAAAAACUACACUAGCUGCAUUAAGAGGUAUUGGAAAUGCUGGAUAUGCAUCAACAGCAAUAAAACAACUCUCAUUGUGCAUGGAACUGACAACCAACCCAAUAGAGAUAAGACUGUCAGCCAUUGAAGCCUUUAGACGAAUGCCUUGUGGCUCAGAUAGAUUAUCCCUAAUGAAAAUUCUCCAAGACAUUGAUGAGGAUUCUGAAAUAAGAAUAGCUGCCUAUAAAGUUCUUAUGGAAUGUCCUUCAAACAAAGUUCUUGGUGUUGUCAGAAACACAUUGGCAAAAGAAGAAGUUAAUCAGGUUGGGUCUUAUAUCUGGACACAUUUAACAAACCUCAUGGAAACAUCCGAUCGUCACAAACAAGAUAUCCGAGCUGUCCUUGAAGAUGAGACAUUUAAGAAGGAGUUUGACCUUGAUAAAAGGAAGUUCUCCAGGAAUUACGAGGGGUCAGCGUUCAUAGAGCGAAUAAAUACUGGAGCUAAAAUUGAAGGAGAUCUCAUUUGGUCCUCUAAGUCAUUUAUCCCUCGUUCUGGCAUGAUGAACCUCACAUUUGAUCUUUUCGGACACUCGGUUAAUUUGUUUGAGAUAGGAGGACGGGCUGAAGGGCUAGAAUAUUUCAUGGAGUCAUUCUUUGGACCAAAUGGAUACUUCAAAAAUCCUGAAGCAGACACUACUAAUACAAAAGAUAUGGUGCCGAAAAAUAUCCGACCAGACAAGUUGAAAAAGAUCGACAAAAGAUUUACACCAAAGUUAGAUGACCUUCGAGGCUCACUGUACAUGAGAGUGUUUGGCAAUGAACUACGUUACAUGAACUUCAAGGGAAUUGACUCCUUGUUAUCUGGACCUGACUUUAACCUCUUGGACAUGCUCAUCAAAUUUUCUGAGGAUAAUGAUUAUACAUUCACUCAUUCUGCAAUGUUCAUGGACAGUACUUACAUUGUUCCAACAAGCUCUGGUUUUCCUCUAAAUCUUACUGUGAAUGGUACAGCAACCGUAGAUUUGAAGAUGAAAGGUAAAAUGGACUUGAGACACCCUCCUGCAUUAAAUAUAGCUGGACGUAUUCAUCCAAGUGCUGCCAUCGAUAUAUCAUCAAUGAUGAGUGUGGAUGCAUUCGUUACUAAGUCAGGAGUGAAAAUGGUAUCAACCCUUCAUACCAAUACAGCAUUGGAGGGAAAAAUUACAAUUGACGAGAAAGGAUCAAUUUCUUCAGAAUACGAGAUGCCUGAACCAAGGAUGGAAAUUAUAGACGUCAAAUCUUCAUUUUUCACCGUUCACCGCGACACAGAACGUGAACAAAAGAUGGUCGAGGACAACAGACAGACAUUGUCUUACUGCUCUUCACAGAAAGUUGUUACAUAUACUGGACUUGAGCUCUGUGCAGAGAUUGAAUAUCCAAACGCUAGCAAUAAGGCAGACGCACCUUACUUCCCAUUGACUGGACCAGUCAGCGCCGGGGUUUAUCUGUACAACAGGGAUACACAUGUUAAAUACAUUCUGGAAGCCAAGUCGAUACAUAACAAAGACAAAAAUAUCGUUCACUUCAAGUUUGACACACCUGGUUCACGUAUAGAAAGACAUGUUGCAGUUGACUUUGGUUUGAAUAAAGUUGACCACACCCUUGAUGCUGCCCUCAUGUCACCGUGGGCUGAUAUUAACAUACAAGGCACAGUUUUAAACACCAAAAAAGCAUCAGGUCUAAGCGGCAAAUUGAGCAUUGACAAACAUCUGCAAUACUCAUUUGAUGCCAAAUUUGUAAGGGAUGUGAGUGACAGUUCAUAUAUAUAUAAACCGUCAUUUGAACUGCAAGCGAACAACAAGAUAAUUACCACAGCAAACGGCAUGAUGACUCUGAAGAAGAAUUUUAGACAAUGUGACGUUGAGUUCAGUAUCGGCGGGGAAGUUACUGGACCAUUUUCUACACAAUUUAGUUACAACAAUAAGAUUGCAUUAAUGGGAAUCCAAGGAAGUAUUGGUAGAACUCAAAACAAACAGUAUUCAUUCGAUAUUAAUCUCGCUACGACCACAUACAAGAAGAAGGUGCUGUAUAAACCACUUGUUUCCAUAAGAACACCUAUUACUGAGGUUAUGGCUUUAGGAGGUGGAGUAUCGCACAUAUUAGGAAAAGGCUUAGAUAUAAAUCUAGUACUCGACAAAGUUGUUGCGAAGAAAAUCACACUUAAAGGUAAAGUGAACAAGGCUAUCAAAAGACGCAGAUCAAUAUAUAACACAAAAUUGGACUUUACAUCUGGUCCAGCCGACUUUGCACUUAAAGCCAAAUUUGAUAAGAGAGCCGCUGGAACGUUGGCAAGUGACAUUGACUUCACUUACGUGAUCAGACGUGUAACCAGAAAUAACCUCAAGCUGGUUUCUAAAAUAACUAACCAAAGCAGCAAAACUCUCACAAUGGCAAAAGCAAAUGUGAAUUUUGAGGUAAAACGUAAUCCAGAGCUAAACUUCAAGAUUCUUGGUGAAGUAAGUCACAACAAAAAACAUACAGAGAUUGCUGGAAAUAUCUUGUACGGGUCGGACUUUAAAGAUGACAAUAAGCAAAUCGACAUGAGAUUUGAAAUGAACAGAGUCUUGAGAAGUUUAAUGAAUGCAUCGGCUGAUAUAAACACUCGAGUGAGAAUUCCAGCAUUGAAUUUUAUUACAAUGGUAAAAGGAGCUCACAGUCAUGAUGACAAGAACUUGAAUUCAAACUUAAUGUUUAAAUUUGGAAAAGGUCAGCCGAUAGAAACAAAACUAAGAAUAAGUGACAAUACAAAUAAAUUGAUGAAAGUAGAUGCAGAAUAUCAACUCAAUAUACCAGGAUACAACAUUGAUAUUGAACAUGUUUUGGAACAAACAGUCGAUAACAGAUACAUAAGCACACUUACAACCGAAAUGAAAAAGGGUCAAGAGAGUGAAAUUAUAACCAUAUUUAUGCCAGAUAGCAGGAAAAUAGCCUUUAGUUCAGAUAUUAAAAUUUAUGGUAAAAGUCCAGCUUAUUUCAAAGGGGCAUUUGGUUUGGACCCCUCCGAUUUUAUUACAAGUCUGUCAUUUGAGAAAGAUUCGACAAGAUAUGCAAGCUCCUUAACCUCAGCAACUGAAAUGGGAAAAUCAUCGUGGCUGACCCUAGAUAUCUUUCAUCCUUCACGACAUGUUGUUUUAUCAUUCAAAGGUAAAAAGGACAACGACGUUAUGUUUGGGGAUGUAGAUAUGCAAUUUAACACUGACCAAAAGAUGUCCAUAAAAUCUUGGUUCGAAACACCAACAUCUGAAAAGUUGAAUGGCUCCCUUGCAUUAAAUUUCCCAUCUAGAACUGUUAUUCUUAACGCUCAUCUGACAAAGGGAUCAAAUUACUUGAGCCAUGUAGAUUUGCAAUGGGAUCUCGACAAUAAAAUUAUAGCCGACACUGACCUGAUCAUUAAAGAUAAAGCCAUCAUCGGAAGCGCAACAUUUACAACCCCUUUCAAAACAUUCCCGAAACUUGCAUUUGAAACACAGUUUAGCCACGAUAGUGAACAAUAUAAUGUGGAAUCAAAAUUACAAUUAGAAAAGUCAGAUACUUUAACACUUAAAGCGGAAAUUAAAAAGCCCAUAAGCGUAAAAACGCUUGUUGGCUCUUUCGCCGCCAAGUCUUCGAAAGCGAUAUAUGGCCUGAAAACUGUAUCUUCAACAUUUAAUCACAAAUUAAGCAGUUCUCUUGCAUCUGACCUACGAUUUGGCUGGAAUAGACAAUUCAUACAAACUACCAUAACUCUUCAAAAUAAAACAAAAGGAUUGAAAGUUGCAUUAGAUGGAACGAUUAAUCUCAAGACAUCAUAUCAGUACAUGAAAAAGGGAAAACUUAUCCUGUCACACAACAACAAUGGUAGAAAUUUUAAUACUAAUUUGAGCUUUAACAGAAAUAGAAGAUUUUACACGGUGGUAUCAAAAUGUAACCAUGAGCCAUCACAAGGCAGUUACGACAAUUCAGGUUCCGUUCAAAUAAAAUCACCUUACGGAAACGUGGAAAGCACCUGGAAUCACAAAAAUACAGUGGAGAACAUUGCAACAACAUUUACAUCUACAUGGGGGAAAAAUAAAGCCGUCGUCGGUAGGUUCACCAGUAGUUUUGAUGAAACAUUCAAUGCCAAAUUUGAGCUUCAAACCCCUUUUACAAUUUUACGUGAAACAUCAUUCGAGACUUCGCUUAUCAAUAGAAAUGGUCUUCUAGAUAGUAAACUUCAUGUAAGUGCUAAUGGGAACCAACUUGGAUUAGCAGAGAUUGGAUAUUCUCUUGAGGAAGAUAAAUACUCUGCAGGACUGAUAAUUAAAAUAGCGGAUCUUAACGUUGAUACUAAAGUAGAGGCUAGUGCAAACCUUCCCGGAGAUGGUAGAAUAGCAGGUUCCAUCAACGCUUCUAUUUCACCGAAAAUAUCAAUAAGCAUCGAAGGAAGUCAGCAUAUUUCAGAAGAAUCUGGCGCCUUGGUCAAUACACUUCUUCAAUGGAGGUCCUCAUUUCCAGGAUAUGAACAGAUUCGAUGCUCAUAUGAAGUUUUAGCAGCUAAUCAUCUUUCUACCAGAACUACCUUACUAUACAAGAAAGACAAAGAGAUUAAGCUUGAAACAAACUUUGCUUUUGAACGCAAUGAAAAGCUUUUGUCGUUUUUCCUUCAAACACCUUUUGAAUCACUACCAAAGUUUGAAGGGAGCAUAAAUGUCCAAAAUGAUUUAGAUUCUUUCAAAACAGAUGCUUACAUAGAAGCUCAACCAGUUCUUGCUAAAACAGCAGCUCAGUUGUCAUGGAAUACCAAGUCUGGAUUAGUGUCAAACAUACGUAUUGAUUUGCCACUUGCAGAGUACCCUUAUUUUCAAGCCGGCGUGAAUGGCAGUUUGAAUUCGGCAUCAUCAGCAAUACAACUUAAUGUCGAGUAUAUGCCCAAAAACGUAAUUCUUAUAGAAGGAACACAUAGUAUCAUCGGAUCAGAAUUAUCAUUCAGUGGUAAAGCAAAGACACCCUUUGGAACAGUAGCUGUUAGGCAUUCUGGUAAAUCAAAUGAUUUUACAUGUGAACUGUCUUUAGAAGAUUCUAAUUUAGUCGAUUUCAGGGUUAUGGUAGGAUUUACAAAUACCGAUGAAACCUCGGGUACUGCAACUUUGUCAAUUCCUGGAAAAAGGGACAUUAAAGCGACGUUUACACACUCUGGUAAUGCCGUUAACUUUAAAACACGUGCUGAAAUUCAGCACAAUAGAAAAAAUUAUUUUGUGUCAGAUUUGAGCUUUGCGGCACAUGAUAAUGUAACAAUUUCAUUUACUGGAAUUUUGAAGACACAGGCUAUAUCUGAUUCUGAGGAAUUCCAAACAUCCUUUGAUUUUAAUGGUAUUCCUUUGAAAUUCGACACUCACGGGGAAUUUUCGACGACUAGCCUAGGGAAAUCACAGACAGAUAUUAAGAUUGACAUAAAAACAGCUGCCGAGGGUAGUCUUGUUAUUAAAUCGAAGCUAAUGAAAAAUGUGAAAGCAUCCUUUAGCUAUCUUAACCGAAUUGAUUACAUGGAAUCGAAAGUUGACAUUAUUCAUGGUGGUGAAAACAUCAUUGACUUUAAGGCAUAUAUGAACAGGCUUGAAUCUUUGAUACUGGAAGUUACACUUAUAUCACCAGUUUUAAAGGACAUUACUUUCAUGUCCAGAUUUGAUGGAGGUAUCAAGAAUUUUGUGAUAAGAUCAGAAGGCAAAUAUGGUCAAAGCAAGGCGGACGCUGAAUUUACAUCAAACAUUGAUAUCAAAACGGUUCAACAAAAGAUAAGGUUUAGUGCAACAGGAAUGCAUGACAUUUCUGCAGAAUUAAAUCAUAACGGUGACAUUAACCAAUUCAAAUCUUACGCUGAGAUCAAUAACGGUUCAGAAAAACAUCGCUUAGACGUUCACUUCAGUAGUUACGGAAAAACGGAAGGAAGUUUCUCACUUGUAUCGCCAUAUAUUUUACCAUAUGCAGCAAAUUUCCAGCACAGUGGUAAUCGUCAUGAUUUCAAGUCACAUGCAGAAUUAAAGAUAGCUGAAGAUAUCAGUGUAGCUGAUUUAACAUUCCGUCUUCCUUCAAUAAAAGAUGUAGUUAUAGAAGUAAAUUUCAGAAGUCCGUUCUUUAAGGAUGUCACUAUAAGUUUAAGCCACGUCGAAAAAGCGCAAGAGUUACGUUCUUCGGGACAUCUCUCAAUUGAGGACAUGGAGGACUUUGAUCUGAAAUUGACAUCAACAAAGCAACCACUUUCCAUCAUGUUUGCUUUGAAAACACCAAUAGAAAACUUCACUUCUUUCGAAGCGUCGUUUGCCAUGAAGAAAUCGAAAAUCAAUGGCAGAGAAUUCCAUUUUGAUUAUGCUCUAAAUGGAAAAACUUCUUUAGUAGAUCUUACAUACAGUCAAAUGAAAGGAUAUACCGGUCACUUGUCGAUUAAAUCACAUCUGAUCCCACAAAGUUCAGUAAGUUUUGAACUUAUUGGGGAAUUGAAUAAUUUUACAGGACAUGCUGACUAUAACUUCGGAGAAAAGAAGUCUGAAAUAGACAUUUUCUACAAUGGAUCAUCCAGAAAAGAAGGCUUGAUGACAAUUACAUCGCAUUUGAUACCCGAUCUGUCAGUUGGUUUCGAGCAUGAUGGGACGUUAGAGAAAUUCAAAAGUCAUGGGGAAUACAGCAUUGGGUUUAAAAAAAGAGAAUUUGAUAUAAGUGUUAAUGUGCAAAAUGAUGUUGCAAUAAAUAUGCAGUACAAAUGUCCUGUUCAUGGUUUAUCUACAGCAGCAUUUACACAUAAAGGUGAAUUGUCAGACUUUACUUGUCACGCCGAAAUAACAAGUGCAGAACACAAAUUGGAAGGUGAUGUAUCUUUCAGCUCAGUGAACAAUAUUCGUGGCCUGUUGGAACUCAGACCAUCUUAUUCUUCAAAGUUUGAUCCUUUAACCAUAUCUUUUGAGCAAUCUGGAACGGCAAGAAAUUUUAAGUUUAAUAGUGAUUUUACUCUAGGAAAUGACAAAACAACACAUGAACUGAAAUGGAAACUGUCGGACCGAUUACUUUCUACAAACAUUAAAAUGAUAUCACCAUAUAUGAAACACCUGUCAGUAAUCUUUAAGUUGGAAGGACAACCUAAAAAUAUAAAAAUGCAAGCAGGAUAUAAGUUUGGAUCAGAUAAAAUUGAUACGGACUUUACAUGGGAAAUGAAAAACUCUUCAGCUACCUCAGCAUUCAGUGUAGCAUCUUCAAUAUAUCCGGACAUUACAGGCAACUUUAAUAUUCAAGGAAAAUUGAAUGAUUUCUCAUCAAAUAUUGACUUGAAAAUAGACAAUGAUGAAAACAGUGGAUAUUUCAACUUCAAAAAAGUGAAUGCCGACAUCGAUUCAGCAAUUGAAAUAAAGUCAGCGUACAUGGAUGACACCAGACUAGAAUUGCAUCACAGUGGGAAUAUAAAAAAAUUCUCAACCAACUUCAUCAGGACAAUUGCGGGAAAGCAAAACAAUGCAGUGGUGAAACUCAAUUUAAUGGAUGACAUACAGGGUAAAAUAUCUUUAGAUGAACCAUUAUUUUUGGUUGAAGGAUCUUUCAAGAAAGGUGUUAUAUCUGUUUCAAUGAAAAAGGGGUCAGAUGAUUAUUCGUUAUCCUUAAGCUAUUCACUGAAAGAGGCCAUCAUAAUAAAUGGCAGAAUAACAACGCCGUUUGAAGGUUACAAAUCUGUAAUGGCAUCAUAUGAACACCAUGGCAAACUGAGGAAUUUUAGAUGCACAGGAAAACUUGAAAUUGAAGGCGCGGAAAGCGUUUUUAACAUUAAAUUGAAUACAGAAAAAAUUAAUAACCUGGAUUGUAGUUUGGAUAUAACAUCACCAUAUACAUCACCAAUUGAUUUGAAAGUAAACAAUAUCGCAAAUGCAGAAAACUAUAUUUCAACCUUUGAAUAUCGGAGAAAAAAUCAGAAAGCAUUGGGAUUAUCCAUUUCCGCUACCAAUGGACAGGCAAUGAAGAAAUUAUCAAUUUCACUUACCUUGAAUGAUAAAAAACAUGAAAUUUUAGAGAUGUCAUUAUCGUCGUCAGGCCUUACCAUUUCAUCUGAUAUUAACAGCAACAGUUUAGAGAUAACAUUUACACAAAAUCCAAAGUUAGUUGCUACAUUCUCUUUAAACUAUAAACAAUUUCCAACGAUACAUGCAAAUGUAGACCUUGAUGGAACAUCUUCAAACUUUGUAGGUAGUUUUGAUUUGAAUAUUGAUAGCAAAUCAAUCAGUCAUUUCACAAUUUCACUGAAUACUAUUGACAAAAUUACCGCAUCGUUCAAUAUGGAUUUACCACUCAUUGAUAACAAAGAAUUCAGCGGAGAUUUUAGUUUUAUUCCCGGAGAUAAUGCAUUUAAAAUUGAAGCUAAAAUGACAAAUGAGUUUCAGAAACUAUUUGAAGUAAAUAUAAACUUGAACACUAAUACUUUUGACUUUGAGCUUGAAUCCAACAGACCUCAUCAACUUUCUGCAAGAAUAACCUUUACACAUGUCAAUCAGAAUAUAAAAAUGAGCUGGGAGUUAAUUCAUGCAAGGAAAAAUCUUAUUAAUGGCAAUAUAGACUUAACAAUGACAUAUAAUCCGAUACUCAUUAGUGGCACAGCGGCUGCAAAUACAUUUGAUUCGGAGAUUUCUGCAACAAUCCACAUCGAUCAAAGCUUAAAAAGCUUUAAAGCAGAAGGGUCGUUUAAAAAGAACAAAAAGAACAAAGAAAUCUGGUCUGUAUUCAGCCGUAUAAAUGCAACCAACGAUGUAGAUGCUGAAUUUAGUCUCACAAUCCCAAAUAUGGAGGAUAUUACAGGAACACUCGUCCACACAAAACGUACAUACAGGAGUAAAACAAAUGCAGAACUGAGAUUAAAUGCAACUCAUCACUUUAAUUACGACAUGGAAUUGAAAUGGAAAAAUGGAUUAGAUGGAGUGCUUUCUAUUACAACCCCUUUUGAAGGUUAUGAAAAUAUUAAAUUUAAAACUGAGCAUGAAGGUUCUUUCCCUAGCAUGAAGUCGUCUGCUGAAAUACAAAUUGCAGAAAAAGUAAUUGCUGCUUCAGCAACUUUUUCACAGAAAGAGUCUAGUAAAGCAGAGUUCAAAUUAUCUACACCCUUUAAACAAUUCGAAAAUUUGGCAUUUAGCAUGUAUCAUGACGGUGAACUAUCUAGCUUCCGGACAGGUGGAAAACUCGUGUAUGCUAAAGGAGAGGAUAUAGAAAUAGAUCUUGAUCACAUGUGGAUUGGUAUGACUCAACAUUCAAAAGUACGCUUUAUGUCUCCAUACACUGAUGAAAUAGUUGUAAACGCGAAUCAUAGUGGCACAGUAGCAGACUUUUCAAGCGCUUAUGAGAUGACAAUAGGAACAGGUUUGGAGAUUAUUUCAAAAACAUCCCUAAAAACUGGAGAAAAGUUUCUUCAAUUUUCAAAUGAAAUGUCAUCAAGAAUGAGUGGCAAGUCUUAUGAGCAUAAAUUUGAUUUAAAACAUGACGGCAGUUUUGAAAAAUUCAAAACUGAAGCAUCACUUAAGUGUCUUAGUUAUCAGUACCGUCUCGAGACAUCAUUUCAGCUCGAUCCAAUUAUAGAGGGAUCUGUCGAACUCAUCACCCCGUUUGAAAAUUUUAAAGACAUCAAAGCCGCGUUCACUCAUACUGCAAAUGCAAAUAAUAUUCUUACAACAGGUGAGAUUCAGUUUGCUCCAUUGAAACCGAUUAGUGGGAAAAUUGAUAUUAUGCAAUACAGCUUGAAGAAAACGGUUGCGAAUGUUGAGCUGAUGACUCCUUUUGAGAAUAUGAAAUUAAAUAAGUUUUCUUACUCGCAUUCCAUUGAUUUAAAUAACAUUCAUUGUGAGAUCGAUUCUUCCAUUUAUGGAAAUGAUAUCAAUGGAACAUUUUCAGCAUCGAAAACUCCACUUACUAUAAAUAUUGACAUUCAAACACCAUUUAAAGGAUUUGAAACGAUGGGUUUGAAUGGAAACUUUGAGGCAAAAAGGAAUACUCGACAUUGUAGUCUAUCAGCAAAAUGGAAUCCAACAAGCCAGAUUGUAGUAGAAGGGGAAGUCAGUUCUGGACAUGGAAAAAUAUCAAUCACUACACCAUUCAAGUCGAUCAGGGAUGCAUCAAUGUCGAUGUCCGUAAAACAACUCAAGAAUGGUUUCCUCCAAAGUAUAAAGAUAAUCCACAAUGAUAAUAGUUUGUUCGACAUUGAUGUUGAUCACAGUCUUUCACAAACACAAAAGCAUAUUCGUGUUAACACUCGGGCACCAAGAUCAAUGAAAUUUGAAGUUGAUGGUGAGUUUUCCCUAUCUUACACAGAUUUCGAUAUCGAUGCAAAUUGGAACACUGAAGAUAUUGACAGUAGGUUUAGCACAGAAAUAUCAUAUGAUAUCAGAACCGCGAAAACUAUGAACAUUAAGCUUACACAAUCAAAACUUCCUGGCAAAAAACUUGCACUUACUGCAUUUGUGAAUGAUAAACACAGUAAAGCAGAUCUGUCAUGGGGACUUAAACCCGAGGAUAAAUUAGGAUAUGAAAUCAUUGUAGGUGACUAUGAUGGUACUUUAAAAUUGGACCUUCCUAGCCGAAGUCUCAAGUUUUUUGGCUCGCAUAGAGGACAAAUGACCGAAGGCUCAUUCAUGUGGGACGCUAAUGGUGAUAAGACCAAAAAGAUAUCGAUACAGUGUCACACCGUUACAGCCAGUGACAUUUCCAAAGCUUCAAUUGUAGUCAUGAUGCCAUCUCUUGGAAAGAAUGUUCAAGUUGGAUCUGAAAUCUCUGUAAACCAAGGACGAGUUAUCUUUGAUGGAAAAACUGAGUUAUCAUACUCGGGCGAUUCCAGUAAAAAACUCGUGUUUACAUCUAAACUUGAAGAUAUUUCUACAGAAGGAACUCAGAAUUAUAGCUUAAGCUUUGGAGUAAGCCAUCCAUACACAACACUUGGGGUAACGGUUAACACAAACGCCGGUAGAUCACGAAACGAAUAUACAGCUGGCAUUGGUUUAGAAUACCUGACAGUAAGAAGGGAUACCAAAAAAUUCCAUAUGGGUGCUAGAAUUGAUAAAUUAAUGAAAGCUAUAAGUUUUGAACUACAAAGUCCAAUAAAAUCUAUAAGUAUUUCUGGAAGAGCUCAAACUGAUGAUAAAUUCCGCCUAUCACUAUUAAACAUUUACGACCAGAGACAACCAUUGAGUACAACUUUCACCUUCGAUCGUGCUACACGUUCCAUUGAUUUUGUCACAAAUUUCGAUGAGGACAAGCCAACGAAUGAGUUCCACAUUAACAUGAAGUAUGUCAACAGCACAGCAAUAUCAGCAGAAGUUUACCAUAUUGUCAGAUAUAAUCGAGUAACAGAUGUUCUUAUAACAACCCAACUAAAAACUUCCCAUAUCCUUCAUAAUAGAAUACACUGGAGACCACAAAUUAUGAAAGAUGUACAGGCUUUUACGAACAGAAAACUGGAUGAUUACCAUAUGCGUCUGCGUAACACUGCAGCUGAAAUAGAACCUGAAAUAGUUGAAGAGGUGACGGAGAAGUUCCGCAAGAUCUGGGGUGCAGUUGAAGAAGAGAUUGGCAAAGAGAACAUUGCGGCAUUCGAAGCUGCAGUUGUACAAUACCUUGACCUUGGUCUUCAACAUACUAUUGCUUUGUCACAGCCAUUAGUACAACCUAUUAGUGACUUUUUGAUGCGAUCAAGAAAUGAAGACAGUCGCCAGUUUCAAGUUGCUACUUCUGACAUAUAUGCGGAAUCAUGGGACUAUGAACGCCUUAUUGCCCUGAAGCAGACUAUUUCAAAUAAAUUCAAUUUGGUCUCAGAGAAAAUGAAGCUACCAGCAAAACAUAUCCCAAGUUAUGUUAACCACAUCAUGUCAAAUGCUCUAAAUUACACUACAGAGCGAAUGCCAACCGCUGUAGCAAGCCAGAUGGUUGUUUUAAAAUCAUAUGGCAUAAUCGAUGCCAUGGAAGUAUUCGUAAAGGAUGAAAUUUUAGCCAUUGAAAAAGAGGCCGAAACAAAGCUGAGGAACAUCGAAGAAAUCAUAAUGGGACAUUUGAAAUCCCCAUUCACUGUUUAUGAUCCUGCUCAUGGCGAAAUUCAGAUGGAACUGUACUCUUUUAUACCUUUAUACUCAUUGGACAGUUUGCCCGCAUUAAAUGCUGUCAGAUACAUCGAAAAACUACGGGAACUGAAAAAAUCUUUGUCAAAUAGCAUUCCAGAUGUAACAUUGCCAGACCUUUCAGGAGAAUGGGUGCCGCCAUUUACAGGUGUCGCAUCAGUCUCACUAGGUCAUAAAAUCACGACAUUUGACGGCUACAUUUAUGACUUGAGCAGUGACUGUACAUACAUCCUGUCACGAGAUUAUGUUGAUGGCAACUUUACUCUUGUUCUAUCAAAUGAUGGCUACACCACACUUACUGUUCUUUCAUCAGGAAAGCCAAUCUCCAUCAAUCUACAAGGAGAGCUCCUUUUGGAUGGAAAACCAGCCGACGUACCUUUCACAGAGGGAAACAUAAGAGUAACUAAGGAUGAAAAUGAUGUGGUAACAAUCAAGGGAGGUAAUCACUUUAGUGUGGACUACGACCUUACAAUUGAUCACAUGAAAAUCGAGAUCAGUGGGUGGUAUCAUGGCAGAACUGGUGGACUUCUCGGUAUCUAUGACAACGAGCCGUCAAAUGACAAAAUGACGUCAUUCAACAAAGUAGUCGAAAGUAAUGAUCGCUUUGCUAGAACAUGGCAAGUUGGAACCGCCAGCUGUUAAAGAAAUAAACAUUUAAAUAUGCAUAAUACUGUGCAUAUCUUGAUAUGAACUUUUAGUUAUUUCUAUAGAUUAUUCGUGUAUAUUUCUUAUAUAUUAUUUAUUUUUUAAUUGUAUUUUGUGUGUGAACUUGACCUGACAAAUGCUCAGAUGUGACUGUUUCAGUCUUAUUAUUCCAAAUGCGUAUCAUUGCAGACCGAAUGACAUUCUUAUUAAGAGUUGAAACGGUUAGUCUAGAAAUAAUAUAAGAAGAAGAAAAAACGGUAAAACUAGCGAAAGAAAAAAAUCAUACGCAUAUAAUUAUGUUAUUAUUGUCUACGAUUUUUGCUAGUAUUCACUAUUAUUGUAGUUCAUUGUCAUAUUUAUCCUCUUCCACUGUUCAUAUUAGAAUUAUUUGAAUUAACACGAAUCGAAUAAAUGACUGUAACAUGUGUAACGUAUGUGAAAAGAACGUAGUUUAGCUCUAUGUAGCGUCUUUAUUAACGGCCAGUCAGAUUGUUUUGUUUUAUACGUCAUUGUUCAUUUGUAUGUCAAUAAUUUAUAUUUAUAGUUGUAUAAUUUAUUGUUUUGUUUUAUGUGUGUCCUGUUUUCGUCCAUUCUAGGGUCAUGUUUUCGUUUAUUCUAGAGUCCUGUUUCCGUUUAUUCUCAAGUCCUAUUUUCGUUUGUUUUUGUUGUUGUUUUUUUUCUAAUGCGAUUGUUCCUUUGUGCCAAUAUAUGUAAAGAAGAUACAUUGAUUAAGUUUCUGUGAUAUAAAUAUAUGAUAAUAAUACCCUUUGGGGUAUUAAACAGUGUAGAAACAAUGCAAGAGUUUAAUUUCAUAUUAUGUUUUUGUACUGUGUGUGUGAUUUAAAAUGAAUGUUUAUAUUUACUAUUGCAUCAUUUCAAUAAAGAAUUGAUUCUUGC